AUGUCGCGCGGCAUCAGGGCGCCGGCGAACCUGCCCGAGCUCGUCAAGACGGCCUUUGCCCGCGCCCGCGGGGAUGGCGACCUGCACUACUUUCCCACGCAGGUCACCAUCCUGCCCGUCGGCAACGUUCCCUUCCAACUGCGCUUCUCGCCCGCCCUCGCCAACAAGCCCAAAGCCCCCUCCCCUCCCGCGGGCUCCUCCCCGUCACGACGCCAGCAGGCGGCGCCGCCAGACCCCUUCGCCGACCCCCCGCGCGCGCUCUUCGUCGCGGACCUCGGCCCCGCGCACUACCUCGUGCUCAACAAAUUCGCCAUCGUGCCGGAGCACUUCAUCCUCGCGACGCGCGCCUUUGAGCACCAGACGGACGUGCUCGCCGCGGCGGACCUCGAGGCCGCGCUGGCGUGUAUCCGCGCGUACGACGACGACAGCGCCGACGCGGGGGAGCUGUUUGUCUUCUUCAACUGCGGCGAGCACUCGGGCGCCAGUCAGCCGCAUAGGCAUCUGCAGCUGCUGCCCGUGCGGCGCAUGAGGGACGGGCUGGUGGAGGGCCAGGAGAAGGAGGAGGCGGAGGGGGUGCACCGUGGCGGAGAGGGGAGGAGCACGUGGGAUGUGUUGGCUGACGGCGCGGACCUGGCGGGCGUGCCGUUUGCGACGUUUGCAGAGGAUAUUCACCUGGGCAUGUCUUCCGCGGACUUGUUUGCCGCGUACCUGCGCCUCUACCGGCGGGCGUGUCACGCGGUAGCGGCUUAUAACGGUGACGGGCAGCCCACGGGCGAGGGAGACGAGAGCCAGGCAGUACCACCUGCGACGGGCCCGACGAGGAUCAGCUACAACAUGGCCAUGACAAGGCGCAGGCUCGUCGUGUGCCCGCGGCUCGCGGAGGGCGACGUCGUAAGGAGCGGGAGCGGGAGCGAGGAGAGACCCGUGGGCAGGCUGGCCCUCAACGGGACGGUGCUGGCGGGCACGGCGCUGGUCAAGACGCAGGCGGAGUGGGACGCGCUGAGGGAGGAUCCGGGACAGCUGGCGGGCGUGCUGGCGAGGAUUGGGCUCCCGCGACGGAUGGGCGACGUGGACGGGGCGAUGCUGUGA